GUCAGAAUCGGCCCAGACAGCGGCGACCUUCCACCGUGUACGAGACGACAUCCUGCCCGCUCCUUUUCAGCCUUAUGCCAGUAUACACUCGGGCUCACGUUUCGCUCUGAGCCCUCCGGACCGGAAUCCGUCAGCAGACGAGAAGCAUUCCAUCUCAGGUCUGAUGAACGUUUCUCAUACAAGCAAGAUCUUUGCGGGUGAUCUUCGGGGUGUCGGCUAAGGCGCAACAAUCCACACGCGGUAUCAAGGAAAAAAAAAAGACGAGAUUUCGAAACAAUUGAUUAAUUAUUGUUGUCUGGUUCUUCCAGCCAAGAUGACCUUGGCUCUGGCUACAAUGACUCCGCUGGGUUCGGGGCCUAAACGCGAUCAUACAUCGAGCACAGAGAUUGACAUGAUGACGGAAGCUGAUGCGCUGCAUGCGGCUAUUAAUGGACCCCCACGCAAAAGGAAAAGGACCCGAAAGGUUCAGACAGAUCGCAAGUUUGAAUGCACAUUUGAGGGGUGCGGCAAGAGUUACUCACGAGCGGAGCAUCUGUACCGCCACCAACUGAACCAUACCCCCAAGCAGAUUUAUCGGUGCGACUUUCCUGAUUGUUACCGCUCGUUUGUGCGACAAGACCUAUGUAUCCGUCAUAGAGAACGCCACACCACCCAGGGAUCGCAGCUACAGAAGCGCGAUCACUUUGCGCAGGCUGCAGCAACCAGCAACAACCUGAAAAAGCCGCAAGUCUCUCAAGUCAUGUCUCAAGUGAACGCGAACCACGCACCUACACUCAUUCCGCUACCCUCCAAUUAUUCGCCCGUUCAAGCCCCAUCCGAGGGUCAGACAAUGACAGUGCCUGCGAUGAGUGCAUCGAAUCAACACGUACACAUGCCCUCGCCCUCAGGAUCCGUGGGCAUUGGCCAGGGAUUCAAUUAUCAGACUAUGGUGUCCCAUCAUGCAGUGGACCUGUCUGACCCUACGUUUUCCCGAUCGAACAGUUCCAGUAAUCAUACACUCAGCUCCCCCCCAGGACAGUCAAGCACAACAACCUUUAGUCCUCCUGAGAUACAGGCGGUGCCUCAUACGGCGCUCGGUGGUCACUCUGCUGGCAAAUCGUCCCCCAAUUCAGGAGACUUGAGCCACGAAGUUCGAUCUCACCAUUCCCUGGCCGAAACAUCUUCUCUAACACACGAUAUCGAUGGCCCUUCAUUGGCUCAUCCCACAUCCUAUUCAGGCCUACAAAUCCCUGUGGGGGGAUACACAAAUAUAUCGAUGGCUCCAGCGACGUCGGCUUCGACGUCUCUGGACCGCGGAACACUAGAGUCGAUGUCAGAGAUGAUGACAUCCGGCCCGUCAGUGGGAGAUGCCGGCUUCGACGCGUUGGCUUCUUGUGUUUACCCGGUGUUUGGUGGCGAAGCCCACAACCGGUCACCCUUCGCAAUGGCGGAUGAUUUCACAGCAUGGCUGUUUAACGAUCCCGUUACAGGCUCUCCGUCCAUGGGGUAUCCUGCUCCCACUAACGUGGUGCCAAAUUACUUGGACGCUGUCCAACUACAGAACCAAUUUUUCAUGAGUGAUCCGGCGUAUGGCAGCUUUCUCAGUGGUGUCAUUCCGCAUCAUCCCAUGAGUGUCACAAGCAUUCUGGAUCCGGGAUCACCGCGCGCCAUCAUGUCAGAGGAGAAGAGACAAGAACUUCUUGCCCUCAUGAGCUCGAGGUUUAAUGAGGCCUUCUAUGCAGUGUCUGCUAAGCGCAAGGAUGCGCUGAUGGACGGUGACAUUGACGACGAUGACCAUGUGCUAAGUCUACGCAUGAUGCAGAUGUACAUCGGCUCGUAUUGGUACCAUUUCCACUCUCAGUUGCCCAUCUUACAUCGUCCAACGUUCGAGGCGGACAAAGCGCCUAAUCUUCUUCUGCUCGCAGUGAUGGCUAUUGGCGCAUCCACGCUGGAUAGAAUUCACGGGUCAGAAGUAACCGAGGCAGCAGCGGAGUUGGCGAACUUUAUCGCCUGGCAUCUCCGAACGGAGCUUUUCAUGGAUGCAGACUUUCGUCCACCAGCUAAGCUCUGGAUUUUCCAAGCACUCCUGCUGCUGGAGGUAUAUGAAAAGAUGUACUCCACUCGUGCGCUCCAUGAGCGGGCGCAUAUCCAUCACGACACCACACUUACACUGAUGCGACGGGGCAGCUCAUUGAUCGGCCGCUCUGCGUUAGACUCUCCUGCAAGCUUGCGCGAUGAUCGGCAGGCCCGGUCAGCUUCUGGAUCGACACUGGCGCCAGACUUUGUGGCUGAAGAGUCAUGGACACACUGGAUCAAGGCUGAGGCCACGAGGAGAGUGGCUUUUGCGGCUUUCGUUCUGGACUCUACCCACGCCACUAUGUUCGGGCAUUCGGCUAAGAUGGUUGCUCACGAGCUUCGGUUACCGUUGCCCUGUGAUGAGGCGCUGUGGUCUGCGACUAGCGCCUCUGAGGUAGCUCGAGUGCAAUCGAGCCUGCACGCCAACGGAGUCAAGCCUGUCAUGUUUUUGGACGGCCUUAAGAAGACGCUUAACGGACAGCGGGUCCGGACAAAUGCUUUUGGACGAACCAUUCUUAUGGCUGGUUUGCUUAGCGUCAGUUGGCACAUGAAUCAACGAGACCUACAGGUGAGCUCACUGGGUGGGCCACCGGCAUUGGGAGGCCGGGACAAAUGGCGGUCAGCACUGUUGCGAGCCUAUGAUAAUUGGCGACGAGACUUUGAUGAAGCGCUGGGCCAGUCACCAUCGGGGCCAUUUCAUGGUGGAUACCGUACCCGACAUCCUCUAGACGACGAUAAUGUUUUUGAGUCGCGCGACGUCCUCCAUGGAUUGGCGCAUAUGGCCUCUCACGUUGAUAUUGUCGACUGUCAAAUCUUCGCUGGAGCUGGUCGGCUCAUGGGACGGUCUAUCACCCCCAGAGACUACAAAGCGGCGCGCGAAAAGAUGGUUGAUCGCUGGGCCACCAAGGCUACAGCCCGCGACGCCACGUUCUAUGCUUUGAAGUUCUUAUCGGAGUGCCUUCUGGAUGAGAAACGAGCACUGAACGAGGAUGGGGAACUGUAUUCAGGUCGAGACGAUUACCUCUUGAACCGGCCCUGGGUGCUGUAUGUUGCGGCUCUAGUGGUCUGGUGCUAUGGAUAUGCACUUGAAGGGCCCUUGAAGACUCCUGUCAAGUUGAGCACCCCUGCUGCACAGCGGCAGGACAUGCAGGAGUUUCUGCGCCGGGUGGGCGGCGUUCGUGAGCCCAGCGACUUGGAAGGGAUGCAAGGAUGCAACCGCUGUCUGGGCUUGUUAUUGAUCCUUCGGGACGGGUUCGCCAACACGCGCUGGGAGUUAUUGGCCGAAGCUGCCAAUCUGCUCACCAGUUGUAUCGACAAGCUGAAUGGAGCAGCUUGCUGAGAUAUUACGUCUCCACC